AUUGGUGUAAACGGUGGUGUAAACACAGUCAAGCUAGCCAUGACCUAACACACGUGUUAGACUGGUGUUUGUCGGAAACAGCUACUACAUUACUUUAAAGUGCUGAGUGGCAUAAUAAUGAUUCUGUCAAUAGGAAACACCGUUACUGCUGGAUGUUUUAGCAGGUUGAUUAGCUAAACUAAUAAGCUGACCAAGGGGACAGCAUGAGUGGUCAAAGUCCUGCUCCUCCUGCCAGCAAUGGCAUUACUCCUCUGCAGCAGAUGGUGGCUUCCUGCUCCGGAGCCCUCCUUACAUCUCUGCUUGUCACACCUUUGGAUGUUAUAAAGAUCAGACUCCAAGCACAGAAAAGUCCCCUCCUGAAAGGGAAAUGUUUUGUCUACUGCAACGGACUUAUGGACCACGUAUGUGUGUGUGAAAACGGCUGGUCCCGGGCUAUCGGCCCCUUCAGUGGCACCUUUGAUGCAUUCUACAAAAUAGUUCGCUGUGAAGGGAUUCGCUCCUUAUGGAGUGGCCUGCCUCCAACACUCGUGAUGGCCGUACCAGCCACUGUGAUCUAUUUCACGUGUUACGAUCAGCUGUGUGCAGCUCUGAAGGUGAGGAUGGGAGACUGUGCUCAGCAGGCACCGCUCUUAGCAGGAGCCCUCGCCAGAG